AAAUAACCAUUAAUACUUUCAUCAAAUCAUAUUGAUUGAUUUCGUUUCUAUUAAAACGAAUUUUCAGCUUUAGGAAAACACCAAUUGACGGUUAAUUUCAAUUUAUUUUUUCAUCUUUUUUUUAGGGUUUUUGUGAAAAUUUGAUUAAUUUUCCGAGAGUUUAGAUAUAUAAUUUGAAAGAUGGCUAUGGACUAUGAAUCUUUUGAUAGCAGCGGAACCGACGAUGAUCUUCCGCCGUCCCAUCAAAAUAGAAUUGCAAGAGGUGCACCUGUUACGGGUAACGGAAGACCUGCGGCUAUGGGUUCUGUACCAUAUACUAGGAUGUAUGGGGGAACUGAUAUGGCAGCUCAAAUUCACCUUCUCGAGCUAGAAGCAUAUAGUUCAGUCUUACGGGCUUUUAAAGCUCAAGACAAUGCAAUUACUUGGGAAAAGGAAAGUGUAAUGACGGCGCUUCGAAAAGAAUUGAGAUUGUCAAAUGAAGAACACAGGGAGCUUUUGGUCAAAGUAAAUUCAGAUGAUGUUCUUCGUAGAAUAAGGGAGGGGAAACCGUCAAGUGGGCCUCAAUCUGGGAUGGGCAACGCAGGGCAAGCUGUUCAUGAUUCAUUGCCGAGCCCAUCUGUAUCAGCAACUCAUAAGAAGCCGAAAAUGAACCCCUCGGAACCUACUCAAUCAUUUAGUGGGCCAUCUCAGUCUUUUAAUGCACAUGUACCUAUACAAACCUCUUCAUCUGGCAGAAGAGGACCCACGACAGGGACAAAGGGGAGAAACAAGAAAUCUAUAUUGGGUGGAGUGUCUUCCAUGAAAGAGCAACACCCUCUAUCCGUUCCAACCGGGAGGGGUCACUUUGAUAAUCGUCUAACUUCUGGUGCAUUUGGAAAUGAGUCUGCUGAAACAUCAUCAUUCUCUUCAUUGAUUGGGAGAAAAGUGAGAACCAGGUGGCCCGAUGAUAACAAUUUCUAUGAAGCAAAAAUAACAGAUUACAAUUCUGUUGAGGGUCGGCAUGCACUAGUGUAUGAUAUCGAUACAAUAAAUGAGACAUGGGAGUGGGUCAAUCUUGCAGAGAUAUCACCGGAGGAUAUACAAUGGGUUGGUGAGGACCCUGGAAUUUCUCAUAAAGGGGGGUUUGGCAGAUCGGGUAAUGGAAUGGGCCAACCCAUUGGCGGUCCAGGUGGAGGAAGAGGUAGAGGGAUGACGAAGGGUCAAACUAGAAAGGAUGUUCCACCAUCACAGAAUGGCAUUGGAAAGAAGAAGCUAGAUGAUAUUCAAUUACUUCAAACUGAUACUUUAAUAAAGGAGGUGGAGAGGUUAUUUGUCUCUAGUCAUCCAGAUCCUCUUGAAGUAGAGAAAGCAAAGAAAGUGCUCAAGGAACAUGAACAAGCACUUGCUGAUGCCAUAGCAAGGCUGGCAGAUAUCUCUGAUGAUGAAAGUGAUGAAGAUGGCAGAUUUAUGAGUGGACAGCGUAUGGGUCGAGUAUAACCCAAUAAUGAACAAUUAGAAGUAGAUACUAAUGGUAUAUGGCGCCGGGAAUGUGGGAGUUCUUGUGCCACAUAUAGACAUGUUUACUUUAAGGAUAGAUCACAAUUACAUUGAAGUUGGAUAGUAGUAAAGGCAUUUUAAAAGAACAUGGUAGUUGAUGUUAUCCUUAGAAUGUGUAGCAACAUUUGUAGCUUUUUUUCUUCUUUCUUCUUUUAUUUUAUCCGCUAAUUACCAUA